AUGGCUGAUUGUAAUUCUAAAAUUUUUCCACUUGCAGAGAAAGAACUUCAAAACAAAUUAAUUGAAUUUGUUCAACAAGCUCAACAAAAUGGGUUUGUUAAGAAAGGAGCAAAUGAAGCAACAAAAGCACUUAACAGAGGAAAGGCAGAUAUUAUUAUUAUAGCUGCUGAUACUAAACCAAUUGAAAUUGUUUUACAUCUUCCAAUUCUUUGUGAAGAUAAAAAUGUUCCUUAUGUAUUUGUAGGAUCAAAAGCAGCUCUUGGAAGAGCAUGUGGUGUUUCAAGAGAUGUUAUUGCGGUUGCAAUUAUUAAUGAUAAAGGAAAAUCAGCACCAUCUGUUGAAACAAUGAAAGAUGAAAUUGAAAAGCUUUUAUUCUAA